AAAAAUAAAAAAUAAAUACAGUUCCUCAAAAAAAAAAAAAAAAAGAACAUGGCAGAUCACAAAACUAUUGGCACAAACUUGUUUAUUUGUUCAUUUGUUUAUUCAGUUGCUAUGUGUAAAUGAUCCACUCUAUGCCAGAUGUUGAGGCCAGUGGAAAUAUAGGAAAACAAAGACAUAGUCUUUGUCCUCAAAGAGACAAAGAAGACGGAGCACCAGUAUGGGCUGGGGAGUGACUUAAUGGAAGUAAACACAGGGUUCUGGGUGGCUGGCAAGGGGCAUCUAACCAGACUGCAGCUUAGAUAUGCAUGGUAUAAAAUUUCUUGGAGACCUCAUAAAAAUUGGGGGAAAUUAUUACUACUUUAAAAAAACGUACUCUAAUUGUUCUAUUUUGAAACCUAGUGUCUGAAGACCAAUUUUCCAUCCAAAUUUGAUGAUCCUAUAAUGGUUCCUCUUCAAGAAUUUGCAUGGGAUCAAUAUCUACAGAAGAAAAAAAGGGAACUUAAGAAUGAAGUCUGGGAAUAUUCUUCCAAUGUCAUGUGUUUUAUUAAUGAUCUGCUGCUGGGUGAUGCACUUGAACUUCAGAAAUGGGCCCACAAGGUGUGGAAUAUGAUUGACUUUAAGCCUCCUGCACUUUAUGAGGCACUUACUAUGGAUUUUUCUACUAAAUUCUUAAGCGACACCAAGCAUGAUUUUGUGUUCUUGGAUAUUUCUAUUGGUCUUCAUCCAAUUGGAAGAUUGGUUUUUGAGCUAUACUGUGAGACAUGUCCCAAAACAUGUAAAAAUUUUCAGGUGUUGUGCACAGGAAAAGCAGGGUUUUCUCAAAGUGGCAUCAAGCUACAUUAUGUCGGUUCGAUUUUUCAUCGAAUAGUAAAGAAUGCUUGGGUACAAGGAGGAGACAUAGUGGCUGGAAAAGGAGAUGGUGGAGAGUCAAUUUAUGGACCAACAUUUGAAGAUGAAAGCUUUUCAGUUCCUCAUAAUAAAAGGGGAGUUCUUGGAAUGGUCAACAAAGGCCGUCACAGCAAUGGUUCACAGUUCUACAUCACGCUACAAUCAGCUCCCUAUCUGGAUAAAAAAUAUGUGGCUUUUGGGCAAUUGAUUGAAGGAACAGAUGUUCUUCAACAACUGGAAUUGGUUCCAACAGAGAAUGAAAGACCAAUACCACAAUGUACAAUUAUUGACAGUGGAAAUGUUUAUGCUUGAUUUUCAAAUCAGUAUUUUCCGAGUUUAUUAUGUAUCUGAUCAGCUGUUUCUAGAUUUAAUUAAACCAUGCUUGAUAAAAUGUAAUUUGAAAA